AUGACCCGUGGAAGAAUGCAGGGCCCCUUGUUGUGGUUUAUCUGUGGAUCUCGUCGUUUGACUGUCCCUCCCUCCCUCUCUCGGCUCUGCAGUCUCUUGGUCAGGAGGUCACGGGCAGCUGGAUUCUCCACCAUAUGGCGCUGAUCACAGAGGACCAGGUCCAAAAGUUCCGAGAGGAUGGAUACGUUGUCUUGGAGGGGUUAUUCAGCCCCAAGGAGUGUGAUGCUAUGAAGCAGGAGAUGGAGAAUAUACUGCAGAAUAUGGAUGUUCCCCUUCACUGCCGUACGGAGUUCUCCACGGAGCAGGAGGAGCAGCUGCGGGCGCAGGGAAACGCUGAUUACUUCCUCACCAGCGGAGACAAGAUCCGAUUCUUCUUCGAGAAAGGAGUCUUUAAUGACAAAGGCGACUUUUUGGUGCCAAAGGAGAAGUCUGUGAAUAAAGUAGGACAUGCUUUACACGCUCACAAUCCGCUGUUCAGUAAGGUGACGCACUCUCCGCAGGUACAGGAGGUGGGCCGUAGCAUUGGGCUUGUAAAGCCAGUGAUUGUGCAGAGUAUGUACAUAUUCAAGCAACCUGGUAUUGGAGGAGAAGUGACCCCGCAUCAGGAUGCUACGUUCCUAAACACGGAGCCACUUGGGAGGAUCACAGGUUUCUGGAUUGCCGUGGAAGAUGCGACGGAACAGAACGGCUGCCUCUGGUUCAUUCCUGGCUCCCACAGAGAAGGGAUCUCUCGUCGAAUGGUCCGUGCCGCACCAGGUACUUUUCCUCGCACACAAUUUCUCGGUGAAGAAAAAAGCUACAGCGACAACCUCUUUGUGCCAGCUCCGGUUCCGAAAGGAGGGCUGGUCCUCAUCCAUGGAGAGGUUGUGCAUAAAAGCGAACUCAACACCUCCCAAACUUCUCGCCAUGCCUACUCUUUCCACAUAAUGGAUUCGGAAGGAACAAAAUGGAGCCCGGAAAACUGGUUGCAGCCUACACCUGAACUCCCGUUCCCAUCCCUGUACUCCAGAUGAAACCUCUUACUGAAAGCUGAGGGUUUGGAAACAUUGAAUAAGAUUAAUGAAAGAAGAGAUCGAAUCACAACACCGCAGAGAUUGUAAUGUUUUAUAAAUUAAACAGAGUUAACAGAUCACAUUUCUUAAAAACACAA